GGACAUUCUACAGCAGUAGUACUCUGCACUACCCCUCAGAUGAAACAGAGCGAGUCAUUCCUCCCGGUGUUCUGUCAGAGAGGAAGGGGAGAUUAUAAACUGGAGACGGCAGCUCAGCUACAACCAUCCUAGUCUAAAUAAUCCCCCCUGAACAGUCGUCGACGUGGGAUCAGUGUUUCAUUUUCCUUAAACAGCGAGCAGUCCUUCCCGCUCAGCGGCAAAGGGCUCUCCGGCGGAUAGAAGCCGUGCGCUCAGACAGCCUGCCGCGCUGAGCUGCACUGCAGAAGAGCCCUAUCGUGGGCUGUUGCAUAAUCCUUCUCUGGGCCCCGCUGCUAUUUUUGUUCCUGGAUACGCGUCUCUGUGAGGUAUUUUCUGUGGUGACUCACUUACAUCAGUGGGUCUUGUGCUGUGCGCGCAGACGGCAAGACAUUCGCUUCACCACGAUCGUUUGGCUUUUUCCCCUUGACCCUGGCGAGAGGUCAGCAGUGGCUACAGGGUGAUAAGGAAUAUAACUGAAAUCUGACCAGAUGUGCUGAAUUGGAGGCUGUCUGAAUGGCAGCCAGCCAGUUCAAGAGGCUCACCUGACCCCCAUGACUCACCAGUUACCGACACUUUCCUCUCCAUGAACGGUUCCUCCCCAGUGCUCCGUGCUGCGGGUCUCAGCUCAUAGAGGGACACAGAAGAGGAUACAGACAGAAGCUACUCCUACUCCAUAUAAAAAUGCCAAACACUGAAAAUAGCUGAUACUUUUCAGCUUCAUUUCAACAGCAUUACUGAACAAACAUGCUGUUAUACUGAGGACACUGGAGAAGAAGUAAUCCUCAAAUGAAUAAACAAUAAAAAAAAAAGGCAUAUCCUUCAACCGGGCUGAAUGUGAUGUUGGAUUUUAGGGGGGAGAUUGUUUUAACAUCUCCUUAACAAGUGCUUAAGCAAUGUAAAGGACACAGCUUUAACUUAUCAGACAGAAACUGGCAUUGAUGUCAUGGAGUCACUCGAGGGCACUGACAGCUUGAGGUGCUCAAAGGACACUGCAGAGCAGAACCCCCAGGCCUCCUUUAGAGGCAGAACUCACACCAGUAUAAAUGUAAAAGAAAAGACUCUUCAGUGUGAGGCAAAACAAGGGGGCAGCACUGUCAAAGGCUCACCAGACACGCCUACCUCUGGACCGUCACCACCACUAGAAAUCCAGCAGUUGCAGGUUCCCAACACUAGUGGCCACUAUCACCUUUCAUCAUCACCCAAGUCUGGUGACGGCGGCGAUGCUGCCUCUUGUGGGGCGACGCAGUCAUGGCCUUUUGUCAGUCAGCCACAGUCAUUCACUUCAAGGAACCUCAUGGCUUCUCAACCCUGCGAGCAGAGUCGAGUCCAUUUCAGAAAGAAGAUGGCUGGUUUCUCAGCCACGUCGAGGCAGCUCUAUCAACUGGGAAUCGGUCAGCUUGCAGAAGGGCUGAACAAAAGGGAGCAAAAACCUGGAAAGAAACCCGGAAAAUACAUCUGCCAUUACUGUGGGAGAGCCUGCGCCAAGCCCAGUGUCCUGAAAAAGCACAUUCGCUCUCACACUGGUGAGAGGCCCUACCCAUGUGUCCCAUGUGGGUUCUCCUUUAAGACUAAGAGCAAUUUAUACAAACACAGAAAGUCUCACACACAUGCCGUUAAAGCUGGCUUGCUGGCACUGUCAGAGAAGGACCCACAUCCCUCCGGCAUGGAUCAAGAGCUUCUGGCAGCGGAAGGGGAGAUGCAGUCGGAUGCUGAACAGACUACAGACACAGACGAGGAGGGCUCUGAAGAUUUGUUUCUGGACUGUGUGAGCUCAUUUGAGGGCACUGAAGGGAAGUGGACUAAAGAGUCACCUGGCAUACCGUCUGUGAAGGUGACCACGCCAAGUGCCACCAGAAAAGAAAUCAUGUCAGAGUCAGGAAAGGUGUCUCUGUCCCGGUUCAGAGAAAUGAGAGCUACUCCAUCUAUAACUGAGGUUGAGCAGGCCGUGGAGUCCUGCACCAUCAAGCAGAAACUUGCUCUCCGUCUCUCUGAGAAAAGAAGCCAAGACUCUGAGCAUUCUCUGUCUCUCCCUAGCUCCAGCAGUAAAGGGAGUACAGACUCUGGCUAUUUCUCUCGCUCAGAGAGUGCAGAGCAGCAAGUCAGUCCACCAUGCACAAAUGUCAAAUCGUACCAAGAGAUUAUGUUUGGGAAGUGCUAUCGACCCUCUCCCAAGCCAAGACAAUCAAUCACAGUUCAAACGUGCAUGACAGACACAAAUGACAGCAGAUCAAGUUUUAUGGUCAAGCCAGGCAAGAGUAAGAUACUGGAGGAGAGCAUUCACAUAUCCACAUGCAAGAAGGACUUGGCUGGAUUAAUCAAAUUGGAGUCAAAUUGGCUGCAUGAAGGCCAUGAAUCUCCAAAAUCAGAUCAAAUGACCACAUCCUAUCAGCUCGAAGCUCCUUCAGAUGCAGCUUCCCUCAUACGGAGCAACUCCCUGCCAACAUCAACUGCAACAGAUCUCAGUGUUCCACCUGGUCUUCGAACCAGUAACUCCUUUGAUGAAAGAAUGACUGUUGACGGAAUGUAUCCUGGCCAAGGAGGGAUGAGGAGGCUUAUGCGGCAAGCAGCUUUUGAGAUGCCCUCACAUGAGACCCAUGUGGACAGCACAAAAGCAGGGACAGACAUUUCACCUGAAGCUGAACAUUUCUUGACCCAUCACGCCUAUGUGACAGACCCUGCCACAAGAAAGCGUAGAAAGCAAAAAGGUGUCAUGGAAGAGGAGGAUUCUUCAAGCCAAUUUGUCAAAUCUAUAGAGAUGGUUGACCUUUCAGCUGAAUGUGAAUCAAAGCAGAAUGUGAGUCAAAGUAAUGUUAUCUCUGUAAUUCAGCACACAAACUCUGUUAGCAGAAUGGGCUCCAUAGAAAGGCAUGGUGAAAGUGAAUCUCACCCCCGGGACAAAAGUCCACAAACAAUGGCAGAACAAAGUGAUGUAAAAACUAUUAAAAGAGAGACACAGAUGAAUGUUCCGUUCAGUUCAAGUCAGUUCAAGGACAUUAAGUCAUCACAGCCAGGUUCUGAACCACGCAAAUUAACUGGUCAACCUAGUAUCCAAGUUCCUGAAAUCAGGGUGACAGAAGAACCAGACAGAUCUCCAAAGCCUGUUGAGGUCCAGGUCAAGCACCGCGACAAGCCCGUCGAGGAGUUUCAGUGGCCCCAAAGAAGUGAAACUUUGUCUCAGUUUCCAGUGGAGAAGCUACCACCAAAAAAGAAAAGAAUACGAUUAGCAGACCUUGAGUACUCUUCAGGCGACUCAAGUUUUGAAUCUGCCUGUACGAGUCUCUCCAGGAGUCCAAGUCAAGACAGUAACUUGUCUCACAGCUCAAGCUUCUCAUUGUCUCUCGAUAGAGAUGAGGGCCUUGUGUCAGCACCUGUGACGAAAUUAGAUGAGUAUGGCAAACCUUUGGAGUUCUUGUCUGUGCCAGGAAGUGGACACACUCUUUCCAUUCCUGGCGAACAUCGGCAGAAGGAGAUGAGGCGAUCUGCUUCAGAACAGGCUCCGUUCAUCUCAGCAGCUGAACUGCCGGAUUUACGAAGCAAGUCAUUCGACUAUGGAAGUCUCUCCCCUACAUCCAGGUCCAGACAGGGUGAGGCCUAUGCCAGUGGGGUAAAACAACGCAGAAGAGGUUACCUGGUGAGACAGGCAUCAUUGAGUGUUGACCCAGAGACAUCGACACAAGAGAAAAGUGUUGAUAUUUCUGCCAAACAAGACUCAGAGUCCAUGUAUCAUAAUACAAGUUCUGUCUCAGAUUCCUCUGCAACUAGAUUGAGUAAGAUCUCCACAGACCUAGAGCACCCAGGCUAUAUUCAAGCUAGUAGCCCUGAAGGAGCAGUUGAGAUGCAGACCGGUACACUAUCCCCCGACAAGCAAAUCUUACAUGGCCAUGAGACCAUACCAUACUCUUUUAUUCAAAGAAAUUUGGCCUCGCUCCUGCCAGCGACAUCAGGGCACUUCUGGAAACCUGACCCCCUCCACAUUCUUCCAUGGCAUCAGUUACAAGAUCUUCAGACCAGACAACUCUACCUGCAGUCAAAGGAGAGUGUUUAUUCACAAGCUAAAACUCCAAUGGAUGCAAAAUCACCAACAGAAGACUUGUCCAAGAGUCUAAAGAGGGUCUCAUCAGCCACUCAUGUAUCUUCAGAGGCACAUCUAGCACCUGUACCUCCAAACCUCCAAUCCCUCCAGUCACCCUCUGCCUCGCUGGUUCCUGUAAGAAUUCAAAUGCAGGUGCCAUCCCAUGGAAGCAUCACCUACUCCAGUUUGUCUCAGAUUUUUGACAGCCAAACAAGGAACAUCAGCUCCUCAUUGGUGUUUUGUGGUGCUGCCUCUCAGGGCUCUUUAGCCAGUAUUGCUAUGAUGCAAGGGAUUGGGUUUGAUAUAACUCAGGUCUCUGGACAACCUAGUGGACUUCUGUACAACCCAGAGCUAUCUCCAGCCAGACUUAAGACAGGCAUACCUCUGUCCUUGACCUCCAAAACUAUCUCAACCACUGAGGCUCCUAGCGGUGGAAGAACGAAACGCAUGCUUUCUCCCGCCAGCAGCAUAGACCUCUUUAUGGAGUCAAAACAGCAGAAGCGAGUCAAAGAGGAGAGGAUGUAUGGUCAAAUUGUAGCAGAGUUGAGUGCCGUGGAACUCGGAAAUCCUGAUAUAUCACAGCAUAAGGAUAAAAUUAAGGAGGAGAGAAUACAAAGAGGAAUCUCUCCAUCCUUGUCAGAUAUUUCAAGCUCUUCUAUGUCUGAUAUACAAUCCCAACUGCAGGACAAGCCCAUGAUAUCACCACUCAAGUUCAGCUAUUCAUCCGAUGGGGGACCAGAAUCUCCUCAAAAUAUAGAUGUUGAUGAACCUGAACAAGAUUCCAGACCUACGUCUGAUACAGCUCUCGCUAUCAGUUUGAGCCAGGAGGUGAGCGAUAUGCAGAAACUGAUUGCCAGCCAUGGAUUUGGUGCUGCUAUGCUGCUUGCUGAUUUUGCCAACCCGCAACUCUUCUCAAAGUUUCCAAGUCUUCACACAACAACAUGUGUGAGUUGGUGCUACCUCCAUUCUACCAAGCCAAACAGUGCCCUGGCUGCUCCACUGUUUUCAGUAUAUGCCACAUGGUGCGUCAGAUCCUUUGACCCAAACCCACCUAAUCUGGCAACCAAAACAACAUUGGCUCUACUUCGCACCAAGCAGAAAAAGCACUCUGAUAUUUACACCAUUGCAGCAGCCUAUCAACCUGGAAUACUUGUGUCUUCUCUCCUCUGGAAGCAAAGGUUUGGAGAGCUCCAGGGAAAGCCAGACCUGGGAGAGGAGGAGAUGAUGACAUACAAGCGGGCUGUAAAGGGAAUCAGAUCUGGUAAUAAAAAUGUGGUGGAGGAUCACAAGGAGGAGACACCACCAAAGCAACCUGAACCAACCCGUAUCAAAAUAUUUGAGGGAGGUUUUAAGUCCACUGAAGACUAUGUGUAUGUGCGAGGUCGUGGCCGGGGAAAGUAUAUCUGUGAGGAGUGUGGGAUUCGUUGUAAGAAACCUAGCAUGCUGAAGAAACACAUUCGCACUCAUACAGACAUCAGACCGUAUGAGUGCAAAUCCUGUCAUUUCGCCUUUAAAACUAAAGGAAACCUCACCAAACACAUGAAGUCCAAAGCCCAUAUGAAGAAAUGUCUGGAGCUUGGGGUAUCCUUCACAUCAAUAGACAGUAUAGAUGACACUGACAAUUCAGAGGACAUCUUGAGGGCAACAGGUAAAUCAAGGUCAAUGGGUUCUACAAUCAAGCAUCAGUUUUCCGAUGUGGAUGACUCUGAUGGUGCUGAUGAUGACGGAGAUGAGGUGGACGAAGACGAGGAUGAUGAUGAUGACGAAGACGGUUCCACUCCGAGAACUCGUUCAAGAAGCACCAGUCCCUUGCCAUGCGCCAUCAACUCCCCGCAUUACCCCAGCUACCUCUCCCAGCUUCCCAGCAUCCAGGUCCACCCAUCGGCCUGCAGCAGGGAGAGAGACGGCCACAUCCGACAGGCAGAAGCAGGGGAGGCAGGCAGCGAGCUGCAGUCUCGCUUGAGCGAGCAGAGGCCUGGGGACGACGACAGUGUAGCCAUGUCCUCCCGACACGGCUCCAUGUCCUUCCACUCCAACGCCUCGUAUCUGCUGUCAUUACCCCGAGACGUGUCUCUGACCCCCCAGCGGAGCCUGGCUUUAACACCUCACCGAAGCCCCUCUCCCAGAGGAAGGGGGGACUGCUCACCACAUGGAGGCCUGUCGCCGAGGGCCGAUUCAACCUCAUUAAGGGCUGUCUCCCCCAAAAGAGACGUGUGUUUCGGAAGGGAUUCGUCGCCGCUCCAGCACCUGUCCCCCGGGUCCCUGUGUAGGGCCCUGUCUCCUGGGCACGAGGGGGCGAUGAGACGUGAGUUGUCCCCCAGGGGACGUCAGCGGGGCAUGCUCAGGGCCGUGUCCCCGCGCCGGGGAUCCCAGCAUAGCAGGGCGCCGUGGGAACAGGGAAGAGGUGCGAGACUGGACACAAGCCCUCACGGACGGUCCGCUACACUGCUUUCACAUUCUGGCAUUGAGGCACAUAAACACAGCACUCUACAGCCCCUCCACCUCCCCAGUGGAGACACACCCAUCAGAGGCCAGCUCUCCAGCGGUCACACUGACCUCUUCAGCCACCUGCCCCUGCACUCCCAGCAGCAGGCUCGGCCUCUGCCCCUGAUGCCAGUGGGGGGCAUCCAGAUGCUGCCUGCCCGGGCCCCGGCUGCCGUGACGUCUCACCCCUCGGGCUCGCCCCAACAAAGCCCGGUGGUGGAGGAGAGCAGUGGCAGCCCACCUAGCGCUCCCAUGAAUGAUCGAGAAAUGGAGCCUCCGGGGCAGCAGGGGGCGCCAGCCCUCAGCCCUCAGGACUCUGACAGGAGAGACAGGGAGGCUGCCACGAGUAGCAGCGGCGUGGCCCAAUCAGAGGAGAGCGUCCAGAACUGCACUGAAGCCAUCGCCUCUCUCAGGAUCACUGCGGAGGAGAAGUCUGCUAAGAGCUGAGCUGCACUGCUGUCACACAGAACAAUCAGAAGAAGGUAGAUACAGGGAAAGAGGGAAAAGGGAUUGGGAGGGGGGGGGGGGGGGGGGGUAUGAAGUUGAGAGAGGUAGAUAAAUGGAAGUCAGAUGGGAAAAAAGGAGAGGGAGAAUGGGAUAAAUUCUUUGAUGGAAUUUUAGGUGCAAUAUGUGGCAAAAAGAAAAAAAAAACUUAUGCAAACUACCUUGCUUGUCCUUGCACAUAAUUCAUACAACACAUGCAGUCAUACUCACUUACAGUACAUACACGCAUAAACACACAUGCCUACAUUUGAUAAAUCUGUUUGUAAGUCAUUUCAUUAUUGAAAGGCUAUGGCAAUAUUGGGAUUUAAUCAAUUCAAAGUCCCUACUAAGAGAGGAGGUUUGUAGGUUACUUAAAUAAUGUUAGAUUGGAUUCAGUUUUGGUCAAUUUACAAGAAUGACUGAUGUUUGUGCCUUUGCUAUACUGUUUGCCCUAUACUGUUAUAGGGGAAGCGUACCUAUUGAGCACACCCAUUUUCCUCCUUACAUAGCUUAGUCAAAAUGGUUCAUCUGAAUAAUGUACCAUGUAAUAACAGUUUUCACUAUUAAAAAUGAAAUGUCUUAGAAAUCAAUGAAAAGGCGGGACUGGGAUGCCUGUCUUUGGUAUCUUCCGAGUCCAACACUGUCUAUUACCGUAUAUAUCAACUACAUUACUGUUGCCAUUAUACUGGAGGGUAGACAGAUUUCUAUAAGAUAAACACACAAAUAGUCAUGAAACAAAUCUCAAUAAAACAAUAUUUCAAUAUUUAUAAUACAAAAUUUCACAGCAUUUAUUUUCAUUUUAAUUAAAAACUAAUGUGUCAUUUGUUCUGUGGGCUUAAUCAGUAUGCUUCCCCUACAUCAGAGUAUUAAAAGAAAUGGUUGUAUACUGUAUUGUGUUGAUGCACUUGAUUAGAAUAGCUUGAGUCUGAGAGACAUGAGGUCUUAAUGCAACUCUGUUUGCACUGGUAGCUUUUUUAAAGAUUUAAGUGAUACAGCUACUAUUGCGGAUUGCUACGUGAUGCAGUUCUUGUUUCAUACUUUACGCUGUACUUUUUCUCAGUGUUGUGCAAGACCCUUUAUUCAAAACUUUCUGUAGGAGAGGAAACUAACAGUAUUUGAGUUUAUUGCUUGGUCUAAAAAAGCAGAUAUUGUAACAUUAUGACAAUGCUUUAUGAUUGAGUUUUUUAUGUCAAUCAACCAGUAUAAUGCUGCUGUUGGGAUUUAUAUUUUGUGUAGCCAGCUUUCAGCCUGGGACUGGGAUGGUGAAGUAACCAGCUGAUAUCACACAACUGACUGAGUGAGAGGCCUGGACCGUUGAUUUAUUUCUUGACUUUUUCAAAUUGAAAGAUGGUGGUCAACGUCUCUGCACUCAGCUGACCUCAGUCCCUACUGCAACUGGACACACAAGUAGCCAACAUCUACCUGAGCAUUACAUCUUUAUGGGAAUAGUGUUGUCAUACCUGUUUCAAAUACAUAUAAAUAGAACAGUAUCUCACAAAAUGUACAUGCAUAAGGUUUUACAGUUGACUAUUAAAUAUACUACAUGUAUAUGGUAUAUGGUCAUAAUAUAGCUCUAAAUUAUUCUCAAUGAAUACUUCAUAAACAACUCAGAUAUGUGUUUUGUAUACGUGUGAUGCUGGGGAAUUUCAUUUAUCAAGGGAUUAACUAAGCACUUUCUCUAUUUUUAUCACUCUCCUUAAUCACUAAACUGGAUUCUUAGAGUUUAGAGUCAUAUUUCUUAAAUCACUGAAAAUCAUGGAAUUUUAUGAUAUUUAACAUUCCAGUUAGUGUUCAUGUGACAUCCCUUUUGUAUACAUAUGAUGUGGUCUUGAGAUGAUGCAAUCUUCAUGCUUAUAUCAGCUGAUAACUGUACUGUAUUUAUUUGUUUGUUGUCAAGUUUGACACAAGGUACAAGGUGAAAUGACAUAUUUAAUUCCAGGGGGAAAUGUUUUUUAUUGUGGUCUCUUAUAUCCAACUUAAUUAUACAUGUACUGUAAUAAACUGUACUCAUUAAUUGUAUAUGUAUGUAUACAUAUAUAUUUUGGAUGUAUGCAACUUGAUUGUUCAUAAUAUUUGCAUCAUUGUAUUUAAUUAACCGUGUCCUUUUAUUCAACACAUUAAAAAACACAUGCAUUUAUUCAA